GACGCCGACCUACUCAGCCCACCUGGGGCCUGCAGGGCCGGAGGACUUUGAGAGUCCCCUGGGUUUUCAAGUACUCCAGAGCCACCUGCCCCUGGUCUGCUCUGCGUCCAUCCAGAGAUUGUUGGAGCAGAUCUACUGAGCAGAAACAGGCAUUGUCCUCAGUUGUCAUCAAGUUUACAAUCAGAUUGGAAACGUUGAAGCUUCUUGCCUGCAAUUGAGGUGAAGACAGACUUACUGCUCAUAUAAUAAAAGACAUGGGUUUCAACUUGACUUUCUACCUUUCCUACAAAUUCCGAUUACUGUUGCUUUUUACCUUGUGCCUGACAGUGGUUGGGUGGGCCACCAGUAACUACUUUGUGGGUGCUAUUCAAGAGAUUCCUAGAGCAAAGGAGUUCAUUGCUAAUUUCAACAAGGCCAUCGUUUUGGGAAAGAAAGAAACUUUGACUACUGAAGCAUCCUUGAAGAAAGAAGACCUCACCAGCUGCCCUUCUGUGUCCCCAUACCUCAGAGGCCAGAACAAGCUCAUUUUCAAGCCCGAUCUCACUCUGGAAGAAGUGCAGGCAGAAAACCCCCAGGUGCACAGAGGCCAGUAUCACCCUGAGGAGUGUAAGGCUUUGCAGCGCGUUGCCAUCCUCAUCCCGCACCGGAACAGAGAGAAGCACCUGGUGUACCUGCUGGAGCACCUUCAUCCCUUCUUGCAGAGGCAGCAGCUGGAGUAUGGCAUCUACAUCAUCCAUCAGGCUGGGAGUAAAAAGUUUAAUCGAGCCAAACUCUUGAAUGUGGGCUAUCUGGAAGCUCUCAAGGAUGAAAACUGGGACUGCUUUGUGUUCCAUGAUGUGGACCUGGUGCCUGAGAAUGACUUGAACCUUUACAAGUGUGAGGAUCAGCCCAAGCACCUGGUGGUCGGCAGGAACAGCACUGGGUACAGGUUACGUUACAGUGGAUAUUUUGGGGGCGUUACUGCCCUAAGCAGAGAGCAGUUUUUCAAGGUGAAUGGAUUCUCUAACAACUACUGGGGAUGGGGAGGCGAAGACGAUGACCUCAGACUCAGGGUUGAACUUCACAGAAUGAAAAUAAUCCGGCCAAUGCCCGAAGUGGGUAAAUACACAAUGAUCUUCCACACUAGAGACAUAGGCAACGAGGUGAAUGUAGAACGGGUGAAGCUCUUACAUCAGGUAUCACGAGUCUGGAGAACAGAUGGGUUGAGUAGUUGUGCUUAUAAAUUACUUUCUGUGGAUUACAACCCUUUGUAUAUCAACAUCACAGUGGAUUUCUGGUCUGGACCAUGACCCUGGAUCUUCUGGUGAUCAGAAAAACUGACUAUGUGAUUGCAAUAAUUUUGGCCUAGAGACUUCUCUGGUAGCACACGUUAAGGACUUGUUGAAACUACUUAUUGAGGUGAAGUUUGCUUUUUAUAUUUUCUUAGCUGAGCUCCUGGUGAUGUGGAAUGUACAACUGUAGCAAGACAGCUUUGUUAGUUGUUUUGAUCCUGAGGGUUAACUAUUGAUUAUGUAGACAUUUGAAGGACCAAGUGGAAAACGACUGUUAAAGAGUAUUGGGAAGGCUCCUUGACAAUUCAGACUGAAGGAGGUUCAUUUAAGUUUGAAGUGAUACAAUAUGGGAUACACAAGGCCAUGGGAAAUAAGGUUAUUGAAUGUCUCAGAGAACCACAGUUGUUCUUGGCCAAGGUAGAAAGGUACGAAGAUGUAUUUCUGUUACUCAUUUGUCCUGCGCGGUCCUCUGUGAAGAGGCGGGUCCCAGGUGAGGAGAAUGCCACAGAAGUGGGGAGGAGGGUGAAGGACUAGGAGGCAGUGAGCCGGGGAUGGGGGUGCAGGAGGACAGCGUCUGAUGGACAGGCAGCUGCUUUAUGCGAUCACUGCUGCUGGUCUGCGGGGGGACACCUGCCCAGUGUGCCUUCCAGUAAUAGUCCAGCGGAGAACACACUAUCUACUAGUUUUGUAAGCAUUUUUGUAAAAUGAUUUUGUACAUGUAAAAUACGAACUAGCUAUUUAAAAAUUACAUUUUAGCCAAAUACAUCAAAGGUACUUAAGUAGUAAAUAUGAAAAAAGCUUUGGGUGUUCAAUGUUGUUUUUUACUGUCGUUUGAGGCUUACAGAUGUAUUCAUUUCGGUAGCCAUAAUCCUAAACUGCUUAAAACCAAAACAAAUGAUGAGACCAAGCCCUCUCAUUGCCUCCCUUCAUCCUCCUGUCCCUCUCCCCUGUUCUUCCUGUGUGCAGCCUCCUGGUUUCACCAGCCCCAGGGCUGUGGCAGGCGGCUGUGCAUCUUGUUUCCUGGGCCAUGUUCUCUCAUGCCUGCUCCUGUCCGUGAUCAUAAUGGGUGCAGCAGCGCUGGCCUGAAGGCACACCUGGCUAUAGGAUAGGAAGGAUUGGCGCCCAGGGCCCAGGCCUUGGGAAGCCUCUGAUUCGGGUGGAAGGUGGGCCCGUGGACUGACUUGGGCAGUGGCGGUGACUGGGGGCCAAGCCACCAGCAUUGCUGAGCUUCCUGGGUAGGCUGGCAGGCACCUGGGGAGGUAAUCUAAGGAAGGCAGUAGGAGAUGGCUACUGGGUCGGAGAAGAAAUAAAGAAUAUUUCGUCCACAUAUGUAACUGGACAUAUAAAUAAUGAAGGUGUGGAUGUCCUUAAGCAAGUAUUAGGCAGCUGUGUCCCAGGGUCUCAAUCCGUCAUUAUUAUAUGAUGUGUUAAUGGUUAAAGUUUGACAUGAAUGACGCCAGCUAAUAAGUAUAAAUAAUAUUACCAAAGGGAGAGGGAGGGAGUAAGAGCAUUUAGGGCUCCCAAGAAAAACAACAGUCACCACCCAAGUGGAGAAGGAGAAUUUGAAAGGCAAAUACAUCUUAUGACAAGUGUACCUAGGCUGUCUUUGUUUGCCUUUGACUCAGUAGGGACAAGGAAACGUUGUGUUUUAUCUUUAUUUAGCAAAGAGAUAAUAGUGGUUUUGAUACCCCUCGCUGGUGGCCUAGCUUUUGUCUGUCUUUUUCUGCAGAGUAUUUUUCUAGCAUUCUGUCCCAAUUUUCUGAACUUUAAUCAUAUACAGACUGAGCUUUUGUGAUUGUGAGCAGCCUGUGCCAAGGCCCCUGGCUUGGAGGCUGUGGGCCCCUGGUCACGACUGGGGAAGGUGAGGGAAGAGGAGAAUGUGUGAAGGAAUUCCAAAUCCAUUUUUGAGAACUCAGCUUCUUAUCCAAUGGAAACAAAAUACAGCUACUGCCAUGUGGAAACUUCCUGUGUGUUUAAAGCUAUUAACAAGGCACCUGCAUGAUUUUACGUCUUAGAAACCGCUGUACUAUGUCUAUUACUAUUCUUCAGGUAAUUCCACCAAGAUAGUGGACAGGUCAUUUAAAUGAUUCAUUACUAAACUUCUUGAGGUGGAAAGAGUUUUUUAAGAAUUCCUCCACUGCACCACUUGCCCUGCUCUGAGACCAGAAGCCCAGUGACUGGCUGGACACAUGUGGCCACCUGCUUGCCCAUUGCUGCCACCCUGCUGCUGUCCCUCAUGGCUGAACUGGGGUGUUUGGCCUCAAAGGAACUGAGCUACCCCAAUUCCCGCCCUGUGUUUUCAUUGGCAGUUGCUCCAAAGAGGUCAAGUUCUUGAGCAUGGUGGGUAUGCCUCCUGCAGUUGCUUAGGUUCAUAGGGGUGCAGCCGAUAUGGAUGUCACAAGUAUUGAACAUGAAGAACGUGCUACUUUAAACAUUUUAGCUGAUUUUUUUCCUCACACUACCACCCGUUUUUAUAGCACUUUAAAGUUUGCAUUGUUUUUACUCACACUUUAUUGAUCUUGUUGACUGUUGAGGUAAGUGGCAUAGAUGAGGAAGUGGGUGUUCUGAAUAGGUGGGGGACUUGCCAGAAAUCCCACAGCUAGUAAUGGCAGAAUCAGGGCGCAAGUUCAAAUCUUCUGAUUUCAAGACCCGUAUCUCCUCCUUCUGGGCUUCUCUCCUUCUUUGAGGUAGUUUCCCUGACUCUUCUGCUCUGUCCUCAGCCCUAGAGAAGUUUGGUGUCUUCUGGAUCCUAAGAAGUACAUUCCAUUCUCAUUUGGUCUCUUUGAGCUUUUUUCCAAACUCCCUUCUGGUGUUGCUGCCCUAGCCCCUGCAUUUCCACUCACGUCCUUAUCAGAAAGGCCUCCUGGGGGCCCCAGAUGCUCUGUGAAUGGACUCUAGGGAGAGAUGGAAGACAUUUUCUGCCAGACUUGUUAACUUCCAUUUUCCCCAAGUGCUACACGUGUGUACAGUCCCUGCCAAAAGUCCUUAACGUGAUCCACAGGGUGGAGCAUAUUCAGGUACAUUCAUAAGUUCUUUUUUGCCAAUCACAUUCCAGAAUUUCUUUGUCUAUUUGUUAGAACAGCUAUUGCCCCCUCCCUUAAUUGUAAGGACACUGAUGACCAUUUUAUACCUGCUGAAAGGGCCUGAUGUGUCUCAAAGGUACUUAAAGGAGCUGCUGAGAGGUGUCCUCUGCCCCCUGAGACAUGCCUCCACAGGCAAACACUGCAUUGUUUCAUUGACAACAGUGAAGUUGAAAACUCAAAAUUGAACUUUGUGUACGUAUGUGGGGUGUGUGUGUGUAAUUUUGGGCCUUGGAGAACAGGUUGGUGAAGAGUAAGGCAUAACAGUAACAGCCUGCAUAUUAGUCACUUUCCAGAUUUUUAAAAUUUGAACUUUUCAAUAGUCUCAUAGGUAUGUGUGUACCACAAAGAAAAAACAUUCAAGUAACUUCCCGAAGUUGGUAAGAGGAAAAGAUAAGAUUUGAACCCAAGUCUCUCUUUGCCUCCAAUGUCUUACUUUUCCCCCCAGAAUAUCACAUUGUUAGGAGAUGGCAAGAUUUCUCUGUGAGGGCAGCCAGGGCAGAGAUCUCACUUGUAGCUAGAAUUCGGGAGAUAAUACAGAGAACUUGGGAAGAUCCAUUAAAAUGCCUUACCUUGGUGACCCUAAUACAUUCUUCCACUACGGAGUAGGAGUUUUGUUGAGAAGCUUUUCCUUGUAGCUGUUGUUUUAGGGUCAGUAAAUCCAGACCGGUAUAUUUGGCCACUGAGCUUACUGUAAUUGACAUGACAUUGGUUGCCACAUUCCCAGGGGUUAUGGACCAGGCGGAGUUCUUCAUACCAGACUGAUGGUGUGACUUCCUGUUGAUCUCUUAGAGGGUGUUACCAUCCUCAUCACACUUUAUAUAUCUUACUGAAUCCUCCCAGUCCUCUGUGAGGAGAGACCUGUUUUCCUGAAGCAGAUUCCAAGAGGCUAAGUCCUACAGAGCUGGCAUUUGGAGCCAGGUAUUGAUUCCAAAGCUCAUGUUCUUAACCACUGCAUGGUAACAGAUGAACCAACAAAUACACAAAGAGAGGAAAUAAGGAUGGGCAGAGGUAUAUGGGCAGAGGUUACAGUUGAAGGUUGUGUCCUCCCCUAGUAUGGGGUGUCCUAGACAUAGUGGGUACUGGGGUUCAGGGCCCUGUUUGAUUUGGGGAGGAGCAGAGCCUGUCCAUAUCUACAGUGGAAUUUGCAUCUUCUAUGAAGGCUGAGGCUGAGGCUCUAGGUAGGAAGCUAACUGGAGAGGGAGCUGGGGGGCAGUGGCUCACUGUUCUCUUUCACGUUACUUCUUGGUAGAGAAAGCAGGUGGUAAGAUUUUAAGAGUAGCAGGGGGACCACCUCGCCUCACAGUAGCUCUUGCCUGUUCCCAUUGCUAUGUUGAAUUCCACCAAUGGGGGAUUCAUUUUAGUUAUCAAGGAAAAAUCCAUAGAGAAGAUUAAAAGAGUAGAAACUGGUCGCCACUCACCUCUUAGUAUAGUCUGCAAAAAGGCUUUCCCUUAAUCUAGCUGAAAUCAAAUUACAAGGAGAAUGGUAUUUUGUGGGUAGAAUUUCGGAGCAUGAAGCCAUGGAAGGAAAGGCAGGAGUGGAUUUGGGGCAGGAUUUGCUUGGCCAGCAGAGGGUACAUGAAAACCUAGUCAGCAGUGGAAGAAAAAGGCACCAAGAGAGUAUGGAGAGGAAAAUGGAAGAGGUGUUUCAAGAUUUGCCCAGAGGAAGCUCUCCCUCUUUUCUCCUCUCAAAGGCAACAGAAGGAACCUUCUCGACCAAGUGCAGAUGUCAUUCAUCUCAGCACCCCAAUCCCUGUCCUGGGGAGACAAGAUGAGGCAGGGGAGGGGCAAGGCUGGUUGUUCAUCUGGACAAAAGCCCAUGGCCCCUGUCUUUGGAAUCAGGGGUCAGGCUGCUGCCCAAGCUUUACCACCAGGUGUGUGCCCCCCACCCUGAUUUCCCUUGUCCCUCCUGCCCCCAGGGCCCAGCCUAACUCACAGGAACCUGAUGGUGGGGAGCAUGGAUCCAGCUACUCCUGUGACAGCUUAAGUGACAGGUUCAUUUUCUUCACAGGGACAUAGUUCAGCAGUUGGAGUCAAGAGAUGCUUCCACUGCUGGAGGAAAAGGAUUCGAAGAGUAGUUGCCCCUUCACCACUGUUGGGCAAAGUGUAGCAGGAGCGAAAAUUAAAAGUAAACUUAGCAGUUUCAACCCUUUGACUGUAGGGCAGGUUACCGGGUGUACACAGGAAGCCUCCCACACCUACUGCAUUUCCAUCUCCUAAACUUAAUUCCCAUGAGCCCAAUAACCCUUGGGUUGGAACACCUACUUUGUCAGACUCAUCUAUGACCCAUUAGGACACUGGUAAACACAAAAGAAAGUGAACGUAUUUAAAGGCCCUCUUUAUGAGACUAGACAAAUGUUGAGUUAUAAGAACUUCCUUUAAGACCACAAAUGGAAACACAGUUUGGAAGAAAAAUAGUUUGACCAUAACAAAAAUCACCAUAUGUCACUCAUCUAAUAGCUGGCUUCUCUGUUUGAAAGGUGUUUCAAGUUGAAACUGGUGAAUAUAUAACAGGCCCAUACAUUGUCCCCAAAAGGCCACUUACUUUUAAUUCAUGGGAGAAUUGAGCUUACUAAACAGUGUCACUGCACUGUUGGAGAGGAAAUUUCAACCGUUGUUAACUCAAGGUUGGGCCCUGUUCUGGUGAAUGAAAAGACCCCAAGGUAGCAUUAAGAGAAUCACUUGAGCUCCCUAGGUGGGAGCCACCAAAGAACAAAGACCAAAGAUCAAUUUCAACCUUUUCCUCGGUUCUCUCACUGCAGCAAUACGGAGAUACCUGAAGCCUUUGAAGGUUUCUUCUAGAAAGCAGUGAGAAAUGCAGGCAGAUUUGCCGUCCAAAUACAGACUUGGCUUGUUGCUGUUACAACACAAGUCCCUGUGGAUGUCUUCAUGCCCCAGUAUUAAAAAUAAACAUGGGGGGAUGGGACUGGUAUUAUCUACUUUCCAAACUCUCCCUUUCCUACAGUUUGUAAGAUUGUUGUGGAAUCCUCGACCAGGGUGAAAACACCAGUGGAGAGAAUUUCAGGAGGCUGAGCACCUAAAGGAACUCCAUACUAACUUAGCGUGUGCGUGAGAAGGCAUGUGUUUCCAAGGAGUGCAAGUGUGGACGAUCAGGGGACAGCAGUUCCAGCACCAAAUCCAGAGUUGCAGGGGGAAGGUCAUAUAAUGGUGACACUUUAUUCUUAAUAUUCAAUUCUGCUCCAGUAGAACAUGGCACCCAGGAGAACCCAAAACUAGAAUACAAAGAAAAGAAAAAGGGAAGAGCAAGCAUUGUAUUAGAAACAUCUCAUACUUGGGGAGAAAAUGUUAGGUUCAUUCUGGUAAGUGACACUGCAGUUUGAAGAGUAAUCUUGCCUUGAGCAACAUCCUGGGGGCAGAGGUAACAUUGACUCUAUCUCGCCAUUCGAGGCAACUUGUCCACUCCCCAUGUUCCUACCCCCAUCUGCACCUAUAACCCCAGGCUGCCGGUUGCUCAUCUCACUUUUGUGCUCAACUAGCCCCUUGAGAAACUUCCUUCUUCCCAUCAGGGCCAGUUACCCUCAGUGGAUUCCUUUCUCUAGUUUUCUUGCUUCCAGUGUUGAACUUCUCCUUCCCAGGGAUUUCCUCUUUUCCUAAAAAUGCUUGUGACCUGGGACAGCUGCCCUUGAAGAAUGCCAGAGAACUCAAGAUAUUUGCCUCAGGUGAGGGGUUAGAGUCUUUGGGUUCUGUUGCAAAUCUGCCACUCACACCCUGCAUCUGUAAAGAUAAUUACCCAGAGUUGGAAGAUUGAGUGAGAUAAUGAACUAAUAAUAAUGUCUAAUGUUUGUUGAUAAGUUACUAUGCAUCAGACCCUGCUUUGAGUGCUAUGAUACUUCAAUUUAAUGCUUCCAAAACCUAUGAAGAAACCGAGGCACAGAGAAGAUAAAUAACUUACCCAAGGACAGGCUACCUACCCAGCUAUUGUUGUGGGGAUUUACUGGUGAAAGUAUUUGACUUGAUGCCUUGUCCAUAGCAGGCCCUCAACCAUUUAGUUCUCUUCCCUUUCCUCUUGAAUUUUAAGGGGACUUAUGAGAUCCAGAGUCCAUUUGAUGCUUGUGGAAAUGUCAAGGGUUUUAAUUGGUUUGAAGUUUUAAGAUCUCAAAAGCCUUUAGACAUUAUUCCAUAAUUCCUGCUAGCAUGGCAUGAAUUAAGAUGGCACCUUUAUCAGUUUUCAUUCAUUCAACAAGUUAUCCAGCAUCUAUGUGUUCUGCUAGGCACUGGGGAUUCAAAGGGCAGCUGGUUUGCAGGCUUUUGGCAGAGACAAAUACAUCAUAGUGGAGUGACCACGACAGAGGUGUGUGCAGGCUGUCACAGGGGUUCCUAAGAGGGUGGACUGAGAUCAUAGAAGACCUCUUGAAGGAGCUAUUUGUUCCUUCCUGCCUUACCCAGGUUCUCACCCCAAACCCAGCAUUUGCUAAGGUGUGAUACACAAACUCCCAAGGGGUCCACUAUGUCAAGACUAUUUGCAUAAUAAUAUUAACAGUUUAUUUGCCCUUUUCACUGUUUUCGCAUUUGCCCUGAUGGUGCAAAAGCAGUGCAAGGUAAAACUGCUCACAUCUCAGCAAGAUUCAAGGCAGAGGCACUAAAUGUAGUAAUAGUCAUUGUAUUCUUCACAGCUAGGUACUUGCAGUAAAAAAAAAAAAAGGCAGUUUUACCUGAAAUUGUUUUUGAUGCAGUAAGAAGUAUUCAUUGUAUUAAAUGUUCCUGUUUGAGAACACAGUUUUUAAUAGUCAGUAUGGCAGAAAGGAAGUAUGCAUAAAUCAGUUUUGUGGCAUCCUGCAAUGGGACGGUUGUCUUGAGGAAAUGCGUGUGUGAGUUGUAGAGUGAAGUGGCCUUUUUUUUUUCAUGAAAUACCAUUUUUACUUGAAAUAAAUGACUAACAGACAAGUUAUGGUUAUUUACAUUGGGUGUUUGGCAGCAUUUUCUUGAAAAUUUACAAAGUCAGGCUGUCACUUCAAGGAAAACAACUGACAAUGUUUGAUGCCAGUGAUAAAUUUGAGCACUCAAGCAAAAAUCAGGAAACUUGUUAUCUGUCAUGAUGAGUUUGACAGUAUCCCAGUGCCUACAGUCUUUUCCGAUGUGGCAGUAUCAAUGAAUGCGAUUUUUUUGGCAGUGUGUAAGGAAAUCAGCCAACAUCUGGGAGAUGUGCAUAAUAUGGUGAGCCAAUAUUGUCCCAACUAAUCAAUGCAUGAUGUUAGAGAAUCAUAAAUGGGUAAGAGAUUUAUACAAACUGCAGGACAAACUAGUGUGAUGUAUUUUAAUGUAAUAGAGUCCAAAGAGUUCAUUGAAACAGCUUCAGCUUCCACUUCAACUAACCUUUAAGAAACCACUACCUGUCAAGUUUUGUGUAGUACUAGAGAGGAAUUCUCAGUUAUAUUUAGAUAAGGCUACCAAAAUAUUCCUGGUUUUUUAAAGUGCGUAUCAGUGUGAGGAUGGAUUUUCUUCAACUCUUUCAAGCUCAGCAACAUAUUAUAACAGUUAAAUGAAGAAGCAAAAAUGAGAACCCGGUGGCUUUUAUUGAAGCCAGACAUGGAAGAGACUUCAAAAAUGUAAAACCAAUGCCACUUGUCUAUUUUUUUGUUGUUGUUUUGGAAACAAAACAAAAAUAGUCACUUUUCCCACAAAAAAUUAUCAUUAA